GAGAAGAUUCAACAUCAUCCAAAACCUCACAAAUCUCACUCAGCUAUUUCAUCGAACAGUUGGACGGCAUAACCCCAAUAUCAGACUUAACCUACAAUGGCAGCUAAUGCAAGUGAUGAGUUCAGGCUGGUGUCGCCGAGCAUCAGCCACGAAGGCAGGUUACCCAGAAAAUACACGGAUGAAGGUCAAGGCGCCAAGAUGAAAUUGUCGCCGCCUUUGGAGUGGUACAAUUUGCCGGAGGGAACGAAGAGCUUGGCGUUAGUGGUGCAGGACAUUGAUGCCCCGGAUCCCGAAGCACCCAUCGUGCCGUGGGUGGUUUGGGUGGUGACGAAUAUUCCCCCCACGCUGAAGGGGUUGCCGGAGGGGUUUUCCGGCAAAGGCGAGGAAUUGGGCGGCGAGUAUGCGCAGAUUAAGGAAGGGCAGAACGACGAGAAGGUCCCCGGGUGGCGCGUGCCUAAGUUGCCUACGCAUGGACAUCGGAUCGAGUUUCGGCUUUUUGCCCUUGAUGAUGGGCUCAAUCUUGGUAAUAAGCCGACAAAGGACAAGCUUCUAGAGGCGGUGGAGGGGCAUACGCUUGCAGAAGCGGUUCUGAUCGCCAAGCUCUGAAAUGCUCCUUCUUUUUAUGGGAGUGCCACACUGUUUUACUGUUUUGCUUUUCUUUAUUUCUUUAAGAAUGUAUGUGAAAUUAAAGUGCGAUAAACACAAAGGGACUAUAAUGCAUGUUUUCUUGUUAUCUUUCUAGUUUUGUGUGUGUGGGUAUAUGAUAUGUUUGAGUGGUGUUGGUGACUUUGAA